UAGCCUGAGUAGGUGUACUGCAUGUUUGUAUAUAUACUAAAAACUAGGUUAUCCCGAUAAACACUCUGGUCCGCGUCGCCGUUCCGUCAGCAACCGUUCAAGUGGAUUAUUGCAACCUGUAUUCUACAUUUCAGGACAACAAGCUAUCAUGGCGUUAUCGGUAAAUUCAACUCAUAUGUAUUCUAUGGAAAAUGCCAUAGAACAUCAUACCGAUCGAUUUGAAAUGCUCCAAGCCAGUUCCACUGCUAUAUUCCGACGAGGCCAACCGUUUUACUUCGGCAUUAGAUUCCAGAGACCCAUCGACGUUAAUAAAGACGUUGUUCGCGCUGUAUUUGUCACAGGUCCCGCCCCUUCGCCGACUAAAGGCACAAGCGCAGCUUUAAUCAUAAGCAGUAAAGCUAAUUUGGCCGACGAUAAAUGGGAUGCUCGAUUCAUCACUAUCACAGGAAAUACAGUCACCGUACAGGUACAGAUACCUUCAUAUGCUCCGGUGGCUGUUUGGAAAAUAGUCUUACACACAGCUCGCAGAGGUGCUGCUGGGGUCAAUCAACAUGAAGUUCAAUCGCAAGUGUACAUACUUUUUAAUCCGUGGUGUAAAAACGACAGUGUACAUAUGAACGAUGAGGAUGAAUUAGAGGAAUAUGUUUUGAACGACAACGGAAAGGUAUGGCAGGGCACAUUCAAGGAGCCCAGAGGGUACCAAUGGUUUUAUGGGCAAUUCCAAGCGGCCGUUUUGCCUUCGGUCAUGAUGUUGUUAGACAGGGCGGCCGUACCUCACUCUGAAAGGGGAAGUCCGGUGAAAAUGUCAAGAUGCAUUUCAGCAAUCACAAACAAUGUGGACGAUAACGGUCUGAUUGAAGGCAGAUGGGAUGGUUCGUUUGACGACGGCACCAGUCCUUUCGCUUGGAUAGGUAGCACGCCUAUUUUCGAAGAGUUUUACAACACACAACAACCGGUUAAGUAUGGCCAAUGCUGGGUGUUUUCUGGUGUCAUCGUCACCAUCUGUAGGGCUUUAGGCAUACCGUGUAGAUCCGUGACCAAUUACAUGUCAGCCCACGACACCAACUCCAGUUUGACCAUCGACACUUACAUCGACGCUAAAGGUGAAAAGUUAGGCAAUCAUCCGGGAAGUUACACCAACGACUCUUGUUGGAACUUCCAUGUGUGGAAUGACGUGUGGAUGGAUCGCCCGGACUUGCCUAAAGGUUACGGCGGUUGGCAAGCCAUCGAUGGCACUCCACAGGAGACAAGCGAUAGUAUGUAUAGAUGUGGCCCUGCCCCUUUAGAAGCUGUUAGGAAAGGCGAAGUAAAUAUAGGAUAUGACACACCGUUCGUUUACACUGAGGUCAGAGCGGAUAUGUGCGUUUUCAAAGAGUCCAGUGAAGGUUAUUGGGCCAGGGUAAAAACUAUUCCAAAUUACGUGGGAAAGCUUAUAGUAACAAAGAAAAUCGGUCAAGAAAUACUAGACGGACUAGAAGACAUGGAAGAUAUCACGGAAAUCUAUAAGAACCCAAUAGAUUCACCUGAGGAUAAAAUGGCUGUUAAAAAAGCUAUAAAAAUGGUACCCAUCGCCCAACGUAUUUAUGAAAUGGAAGACCCCAAGAUCGAAGACGUGGAGUUUAAGUUGUUCGACAUCGAACAGAUAACCAUCGGGGAGAGUUUUAAAAUCGCCAUCAGCGUACACAACACAUCAAUGGAAACCAGAAGCAUUUCCAUAGUACUCACUGCGUCGUCUAUACUAUAUACGGGCACGACAGUGGAUAGACUGAUGAGGAAACAAGUGAAAAUCACACUAAAACCUAAUCAAAGAGAGAACCUACACACUUUUGUAAAGCCUGAAGAGUAUUUGGACAGGCUAUCGGCGCAUAGUUUAAUAAGAAUUACGGCCUUAGCAAAUGUGGACGGUACCGAACAGUUGUGGAGCCAGGAUGAUGACUUUACCGUACACAAGCCAGAACUAACCGUGACAUUAAGCGACCAACCGAAAGUAAAUAUUCCUUGCACCGCCAGAUUUUCAUUUAACAACCCAUUGCCAAUACCAUUGACCAACUGUACUUUCAGUAUUGAAGGACCUAGUAUUCACAAAAUAAUCAAGUUCAGGGACGUGAAUCCUAACGAAAAAAAUGUUACUUAUGCAGAGUUGUUUAAGCCUGAGAAAAACGGAGAACAUACAGUCACAGUGUCGUUCAACUCAGUAGAACUAAACGAUAUAAAAAAAACUUCAACUGCAACAGUGUUACCUUAAAGUAGUCAAUAUAUUUGUAAAAAUGUACAAACAAAUUUGUAAAUAAAUUUUAAUUAAUUAAGAAAACAUUUAAUUUAUAAAAUAAGUAAAAAAAAAUAUCGACAAGCUUAAGUUGGUUAUUCGCAUCGAAAAGCUUGUAUAGGAAGACGUAAAUAUUAAAUCUACUAUAAAUACAUGAAAUACAAUAAAAUUAAAUAAAGUCUUUUAAAUUUAUAAUAUGGCAAUAAUGUACAAAGAAAAAAGAAAAGAAAAAUGUUAAAUACUAUAAAUACACUUUUACAAAAAAUUAAUCUAUAAGUACCGUCAUAAUAUUAGCCUUAAGUCUACAAU